AUGAGCACUGAAUCUCAUAAAUCAUCGCAGCCUCAGCAACCACAAAAUCUUGCAGAGCCCACCAAGAAAAUCAAGAGAAUUCGAAACACCGCCACCGGCAGCGGCGCAGCCAGUAACCACCCGGUGUACCAUGGCGUCCGAAUGCGCAGCUGGGGCAAAUGGGUGUCUGAAAUCCGGGAGCCCCGCAAGAAAUCCCGUAUAUGGCUUGGCACUUUUCCUACACCAGAAAUGGCAGCCAGGGCUCAUGAUGUAGCAGCCUUAAGCAUCAAAGGCAACUCAGCAAUCCUAAACUUCCCUGAACUCGCCGCUUUACUACCGCGGCCGGUGUCGCUUCGCCCACGUGACGUUCAAGAAGCCGCCACAAAAGCGGCAGCCAUGGAAAAAUUUGACUUAUCGCCACCAUCUUCGUCAACUACUUCAUCUUCACAUUCCUCAUUUUCAUCAUCUGAUUCUGGUGUAGAUUUGUCGACCAGUUCAGAAGAUUUGUGUGAGAUAAUUGAAUUGCCAAGUCUGGGAUCCUAUUUUGACUCUCUAGAACUGAAGAAUGAUGCUGUGUUUGUCGACAACUCGGUGGAUUAUGGGUGGUUGGAUUCUCCGCCUCCAUGGCUGAGCAGUGGUGCCGAUGAUGGUGGUGGAAUUCUUGAAUCUCUGCUGUGGAAUUAUUAA